CGCUCGUUUUGUAUUUCCGGGAAGAGCUAUAAGACUUUAGGGCCUAACCACACGAUUUGCAAGUGGCGACGUUCAGGACUAACAUCUGAAGUAAUCAUGGCCGAAAACGAUGUUGACAACGAGCUGUUGGACUACGAAGAGGAUGAGGAGCCGCAGACCGCCGUUGACAGUAUCGUGCCUGCCGGUAAGAAGGAGGUGAAGGGCUCCUACGUCUCCAUUCACAGCUCCGGGUUCCGUGAUUUCCUCCUAAAGCCAGAACUCCUCCGCGCCAUUGUCGACUGUGGUUUUGAACAUCCAUCUGAGGUCCAACAUGAGUGCAUUCCACAAGCCAUCUUGGGUAUGGACAUCCUAUGCCAGGCAAAGUCUGGAAUGGGAAAAACUGCUGUAUUCGUGCUCGCCACACUACAACAGAUCGAGCCAGUUGAUGGGCAGGUGUCUGUGUUGGUUAUGUGCCACACGCGUGAGCUGGCUUUCCAGAUUAGUAAAGAGUACGAGCGAUUCUCCAAGUACAUGUCCACUGUUAAGUGCGCUGUGUUUUUCGGCGGCUUGUCCGUAAAGAACGACGAAGAUGUUUUGAAGAAGAACUGCCCUCACAUCGUGGUGGGAACACCAGGAAGGAUCCUUGCCCUCCUUCGCAACAAGACACUUAACCUCAAAAACGUCAAGCACUUUGUUUUGGAUGAGUGUGACAAGAUGCUAGAGCAGCUGGAUAUGCGACGGGAUGUUCAGGAUAUCUUCAGACUGACACCUCAUGAGAAACAAUGCAUGAUGUUCAGCGCCACGCUGAGCAAAGAGAUCAGGCCGGUUUGUCGCAAGUUCAUGCAAGAUCCAAUGGAGGUGUUUGUUGACGAUGAGACGAAGCUCACCCUACAUGGUCUUCAGCAAUACUAUGUCAAACUGAAGGACAGCGAGAAGAACCGCAAACUGUUUGACCUACUCGAUGUUCUUGAAUUCAACCAGGUGGUGAUUUUCGUGAAGUCGGUUGCCCGAUGUGUGGCUCUGUCACAGCUGCUGGUUGAACAGAAUUUCCCUGCCAUUGCGAUCCAUAGAGGCAUGGCUCAGGAAGAGAGAUUAUCUCGGUAUCAACAGUUUAAAGAUUUCCAGAGGAGGAUCCUGGUGGCUACUAAUCUGUUUGGUCGUGGGAUGGAUAUUGAGCGCGUUAACAUUGCUUUUAACUAUGACAUGCCUGAGGACUCUGACACGUAUCUGCAUCGGGUUGCCCGUGCUGGUAGAUUUGGCACAAAAGGUUUGGCCAUCACCUUUGUGUCAGAUGAAACUGAUGCAAAGAUCCUGAAUGAUGUGCAGGACCGUUUUGAAGUCAACGUUGCGGAGUUGCCUGAGGAGAUUGACAUCUCCACUUACAUUGAGCAGUCCAGAUGAGCUGUAUAUAUGCUGAAGUGGAUGUUGUCCAGCUUUCCCUGCCUGUUGUUUCUGUGACGGUGGAAGAGAAAAUCGCCCAUUUUAUUUUCAUAAGAUCUUGCUUACACACCCCUCUCAACUAUUUUAUUGCUCCGGGGAUUUGUGCAGGAGUCUUUUUUUUUACUUCUGUUAAUUCUGGUUGUUUGUUGGUUUGAGAAUUAAACAUUUUAUACUAUACGUUUUCUGAGUUGUAUUUUAAGUAAUUUAAAGGUUAUGUGAACUUUGUAGAAAGACCUUUUUAAUGUGUGAGAGACCUGUAUGUAAGCCAUUUUUGUUUAUUCUCAGAAGAUUGUAAACACUGCGAUGUGAUACUCUAAAAACAUGACUGUUUGUGUGACGAAACAUUGCUGGCUCAACUAAUUGUGAUUGACUUUGUAGGGUAUGAGACUGGUUACAUGUAAUACUAGAUAGUUUCUGUAAUUGAGUGAUUAUGAAAUGCGACAUUGACUUUGAUAUUUGGACAUAUAAAGGUUUAUUUUAACCAA